AUGAAGGGUUUAAGCAGUUCUUUCUGGUACAGUCACUCCAGCCAAGGAGAAGGGUACGGCGUCGCUCUUUCCGGCAGCGAGAGAGCCGGUGGGAAGCUGGUGAUCGAGGAUCCCCCCAAGAAGGGGAAGACCUGGCUGCGGUGCCCAGGACACGAGCUGCAUCAGGGACUGCAGCAGAUGGCACAGGCGGACGCCACCCUGGGGGGUGGUGGGGCCCCGGCCGGGCCACCUGCCUGCCUGUGCCCCAUGCUAACAGUGCUGGAGAUGUGGGAACAACAUGUCUUUAAAUUUAUAUGGCUUCUUUUUUUUUUGUUCUCCCCCAAGUUUUUGAGAGUUGAUCAAGAUAAAGACAAAGACUGCAGCUUGGACUGUCCGGGCUCUCCCCAGAAACCGCUCUGCGCGUCUGACGGAAGGACCUUCCUGUCCCGCUGCGAAUUUCAACGCGCCAAGUGCAAAGAGCCCCAGCUAGAGAUCGCGUACAGAGGGAAUUGCAAAGACAUGUCCAGGUGUGUGGCCGAAAGGAAGUACACCCAGGAGCAGGCCCGCAAGGAGUUCCAGCAAGUGUUCAUUCCCGAGUGCAACGACGACGGCACCUACAGCCAGGUCCAGUGCCACAGCUACACGGGAUACUGCUGGUGCGUCACGCCCAACGGGAGGCCCAUCAGCGGCACGGCCGUGGCCCACAAGACGCCCAGGUGCCCCGGUUCCAUAAAUGAAAAGUUACCCCAACGGGAAGGCACAGGGAAAACAGAUGAUGCCGCAGCUCCGGCGUUGGAGGCUCACCCACAAGGAGAUGAGGAAGAUAUCGCCUCACGUUACCCCACCCUUUGGACGGAGCAAGUUAAAAGUCGACAGAACAAGACCAAUAAGAAUUCAGUGUCGUCCUGCGACCAGGAGCACCAGUCCGCCCUCGAGGAAGCCAAGCAGCCCAAGAACGACAACGUGGUCAUCCCGGAGUGUGCCCACGGCGGGCUCUACAAGCCGGUGCAGUGCCACCCGUCCACGGGGUACUGCUGGUGCGUGCUCGUGGACACGGGGCGCCCCAUCCCCGGCACGUCCACCAGGUACGAGCAGCCGAAAUGCGACAACACGGCCAGGGCGCACCCGGCCCGAGCCAGGGACCUGUACAAGGGCCGGCAGCUGCAGGGUUGUCCCGGUGCCAAGAAGCAUGAGUUUCUGACCAGCGUUCUGGACGCGCUGUCUACGGACAUGGUCCACGCGGUCUCCGACCCCUCCUCCCCGUCCGGCAGGCUCUCCGAACCCGACCCCAGCCACACGCUGGAGGAGAGGGUGGUGCACUGGUAUUUCAAGCUUCUGGACAAAAACUCCAGCGGGGACAUCGGCAAGAAGGAAAUCAAACCCUUCAAGAGAUUCCUUCGGAAAAAGUCGAAGCCCAAGAAAUGCGUGAAGAAGUUUGUGGAAUACUGCGACGUGAACAACGACAAGGCCAUCUCCGUGCAGGAGCUGAUGGGCUGCCUGGGCGUCACGAAGGAGGAAGGCAAAGCCAGCACAAAGAAGCGCCACACCCCUAGAGGUAAUACUGAAAGCACUUCCAAUAGACAGCCGAGGAAGCAAGGAUGAACCGCCCACAGCCAAGGCAGUUCCGAGACAUGUGGGAAACUCCCUCACCAAAGAGCAAUUUCAAAAACAAAAACACAUAGUAUUUGCACUUUGUACUUUAAAUGUAAAUUCACUUUGUAGAAAGGAGCUAUUUAAACAGACUGUUUUGAUCUGUGAAAGCUGGCUUUGCAAAAUUAAUCACAUACAAUGUAUGUGCCCUGUUCUGACCUUGGAAAUCUGCGCUUGGUGGAGACGAAUUUCUGAAUGCAUUUAAGCUUAAUUUCUCCGUCCUACACAUUUUAACAGUAGAAAUCUUAGCGUAAGGCACUUUGGUCCCAGUGCUGCGUCUUUUCCCCUAACCAGAGCCGUCACUCACGGUCUGCGGUACUUGCAGGGUCUGUGUUAGACUGCGUUGGGAGCUCCAGGUUUUCGUGGAAGUCUGUAAGUUCUGCCGACCGUCGUGCAGUUAACAUUCAUGGGUUGGUUUGUUUUCUGGGAAGUUGUGUUUGCUUUGUUUUUGCUUUCCAGAGGCGGCACUGACACGACGAAUUGUGCAACCACUAAAGCAAUCCAAUUAAAUGCAGGUAGCUCCCUGGUAGGAAAGAAUAUUUUCAAACGAUCUUUGGUGUGAUAGUUUGUUUCCAACUGUCUUUGUUUUUUCCCAUUUCAAGCUUCUGUUUGAGUCUUGCCUUGGGCUUGGAUUAAUCCUGCCAUCAAAUUCCCAGAGAAGGGCUCCCGCUGUUGGGAGCCAGCCCAGAAGGGGCCCCUCCCGCAGGGGAGUGGAUCCAGUUGCCGCACGGCCGCGCCGCACGGCCUUGCUUCCCUGCACGUGGCCACUUCCCUCCUGCCUCGGCCCACCAGGGCCCCCGGGGAGGUAAAUUAUCACCUGAGGAAAUUAUACAGCCCCCUUCCCUAAUGAGACACAGCCGGGCCGAACCGUGCCCCGGGCGUUCCUCUGCAGCCAAGGAGGACUGUCUGGGGGACCCACGGUUUCCUCCAUUCUGUCCCCAAGGCCUCCAGGACUCACCGGUGGCAGCUGGUGGGAGGGGCGGGAGUGGGGCGCCCACGCUGCGGACAGCGGGACCCGCCUGCGGCUCACGCCAGCUGCUGGCCUCGGACCCCGGCAGAGGUGGGACCACGUGCUCCGUCCCUGUGGGGCCAUGCCGAGGGGUCCCAGAGCCGGGCCUGCGGGUUGAGGCCAUCUCAGCCCAGACUUGUGUUUGGAAACACAUCCUCGUGGCCCCGAAUCACCCAAAACGUGACGUGUAAAGUUUCGUCUGGGGAUGUGCGUGACGGUACCGAAUGGGGCUUAUUAUUUAAACUGCGCAAAAGCAGAAACCCACCCUUUGGAGCCACAGCCCAGCCCAAGUACUUGUCAAGGUUGUUUAAGAGACAGCUAUAAUCCCAAACUUUUUGGAUAAUCUUUUAUAUUUCUGACCUUUGAAUUUAAUCACUUUUCUUAGAUUAAAAUAAAACAUGCUAUUGAAACCGUCA